AUGUCUAAUUUUACCGAAUUUGUUUCGCAAUUAAAUGAAACUCUCAGCGAGGUUUCAAGAGCCUUGCUGGGUGGAAAUUUUACAGAUUGUGGACAUGUGUCUCAAAAAUCAAUCUUCCCUAUUCAAAUAUCUUUGACUCUUCUUUUGGGUUUGAUUCCGGUGCUUUUCUUUUUGAUCAGGAAAUCCAGAAAGCACAUCGAUAGGCCAGCAAAGUUCGAAUUUCCAACUCCAGAAGAGGCAAAGCCUAAUUGGAAGGGAAAGAGGUUGAUACCAGCCGAUAUUUCCCAACAAGAUGAUCCGGAUCACAUCUAUUGCUACUGUCCUGCAACGGCCCAAUACUUAGGAAAGUUCAAAUCAGAUAGCAAAGAAAGCAUUGAUGCGGCUAUCUGCCGUGCUCGACAAGCACAAGAUAAAUUUUAUCACGACCCCGAUUUUAACGUCAAGCGUCGCAAGGUUUUGAAGACUUUGAAUGAUUUUAUUAUUCGCAAUCAAGAAGUAAUAGCUCGAGUUGCUUGCAGAGACUCGGGCAAAACGAUGGUUGACGCGUCCAUGGGUGAGAUUAUGGUUACUUUGGAGAAAAUUAAUUGGACUUUAAAAAAUGGGGAAAAGGCUUUAAAGCCAUCCAGCCGUCCAGGACCAUCUAAUAUGUUAAUGAGAUAUAAGAAAGCUGAAGUUUGGUAUGAACCACGUGGAGUUGUAGGUGCUCUUGUUUCGUGGAACUAUCCGUUUCAUAAUAUAUUGAACCCCGUCAUAGCGGCAAUUUUUUCAGGAAAUGGUAUAGUCGUGAAAUGCAGUGAAAGGGUCAGAUGGUCUUCUGAAUACUUUAUAAGUCUUAUUAAAACGGCAUUACGGGUUUGUGAAAUUGAUGAUGACCUUGUCCAAUUGAUUUGUUGCUGGGGUAAAGAUGGUGAUCUUGUAUCAGGAAAUCCAGGCUUUGAUCAUCUUACUUUCAUUGGAUCCAUUCCUGUUGCGAAGAAGGUUUUAAAGGCUGCCAGUGAUGUUGUUACUCCAGUUGUGGUAGAAUUAGGUGGUAAGGAUGCUGUUAUUAUUUGUGAUGAUUAUAUGAAGAAAAAGGGUGUAGAUGCUAUUGCUUCUGUUGUUAUGCGUGGUACAUUCCAAAGUGCUGGACAAAACUGCAUUGGAAUUGAACGUGUUAUUGUUGCAGGUGAUGAUGAGCAUUAUAAUGAGCUUGUCAAAAAGCUUUCUGAAAAGGUGGCUUCUCUAAGAAUUGGUUCAGAUAUUGAUCAGAAUGAAGAAAUUGAUAUGGGUGCCAUGAUUAUGGGCGGUGCGAAAUUCGAUGAACUUGAGUCAUGGGUCGAAGAUGCGGUUGAGCAUGGUGCAAGAUUACUUCAUGGUGGAAAGCGUUACAUUCAUCCAAAUUAUCCCCAGGGCCAUUAUUUCGAACCUACUCUUCUUGUUGAUGUUAAUCCUGCAUGUAAGUUGGCUACAAAUGAAGUUUUUGGACCUGUGCUUUGUUUAAUACAUGCAAGCAAUGAUGAAGAAGCAUUAGAGUUUGCUAAUAGUACUAUGUUUGGUCUUGGAGGAUCAGUGUUUUCAACUGACUUUGCGAAGGCAAAAAGAAUAACAGCAAGGAUGCACGCAGGUAAUGUUGCAAUUAAUGAUUUCGCCACUUUUUACGUUUGUCAAUUGCCGUUUGGUGGAGUCGGCGGUUCCGGUUACGGAAAAUUUGGUGGUGAGGAAGGUUUAAGAGGACUAUGCCUUGAGAAAUCUGUCUGUUAUGAUAAGACAAAUCUUAUUUCGACAUCUAUUCCUAAAGUUAUAGAUUAUCCAAUUUUAAACGGGAAGAAGGCUUGGAAAUUUGUUUCGUCGUUAUGCAAGGCUGGUUAUGAUUAUAGCUUGUGGCAGAAAGUUAAGGCUUUAACUACAUUGGCCAAAAAUGCAAAUUAA